AUGGCAUCCGAAACUAGCAAUAUCGAAGGCUCCGCAGCAGCAAGGCUCCUUCAACAGCAUGCUGAGAACUCCCAUCACGUCACUGUUGAGGAUGUUCCCGAUGAAGAACUGAAGUCUCCCUCGGCCGCCGAUGCUCCCGAAAAAUCUUCAUGGGGUCAGACUCCAUCUACCAAAGCAGCUGGGAAGCAGCCUGCGCAAGAAUCAGGUCGUCUCGAUACUCAGUCGCACGAGGCUUUCCCUGAACUUGGUGUUCCUAAGACGGCUGCGUCGAAAGCUAAUAUUUCCCCAAUCUGGGGCGGUGCGAACGGCAAGGCUAAUGGGACAUCGUGGUCGGCCAAUGGCACCCCUCGAACCUCCACCCCAGCUUCGGGAGUCUCUACUCCCACUGGAGUUCCGCCGCCUGUUUCAAUACCUGGUCGCAAUGUCGAAACUCUUCUCUUAGAGGCACAGUAUGUUAUGCCUCGCAACCAGCUCAAGCGCCCCCUACAGGAUAUUAUAAAGGAUAUCAAUCGCAAAUCUCGUGCUGUAAUCUCGUCAGUUCCGGGCCCCAGUGGGCACCUGAAGUUUGAGGCGACCGGACCACAGGAUAAGGCGCAGCAAGCUCUUCGGGAUCUAGUCCAACAAAUCGGAAUUAAGACUUCCAUCAAAGUCCCGAUCCCGCUGUCAGCCAGGGCGCAUAUAAUUGGUAAACAAGGAUCCACUAUCAAAUCGAUCCAGGAGAAAUCCGGUGCUAGAAUCCAAUUGCCAAAAGUUGAUGAUAGCGUGGGAAGCUUGGAAGACGACGAGGAUGCCACUAUUGAUGUAAUCGUCGAAGGUAACGCAUUAUCGGCCGCAUUAGCUCGUGAGGCUAUUAAUAAAAUCGCUGGGGAACGAUCUGCGAACGUGAGCACAAAGCUAAAGUCUAUCCCCGCCGAGUUCUACCCCUUCAUUGCUGGUCCUAAUAAUAGACUCGCUACGGCCUUGGAAGCGGAACACGGAAUACAAAUUCGCGUACCACCUCAUCAACCAUGGGCUUCUUCUGUUCCGCAGGCACCUGCUACAGGACAAAAACCUACUUUUACGCCCCCUACGAAUGACAAUUAUAUCCAACUUGCCGGUGACCGUGCCGCUGUUCAAUCCGCGAGGGCCGCUAUAGAACGUCAGGUCCAGGAGCUUCAGAACCAGCUGCACCUAGACCAAGUAGAAAUUCGGCAGGGUACUCACCAAUUUAUUAUUGGCGAGCGAGGUGUCCCAACAGAGGAUUUCUUCGCCGAUACCAAUUGCAUUGUGGUCUUACCUAGUUCACCUGGUAUUGAUACUGUUACAGUCAUUGGUCGAGCUGAGGAUGUGAAUGCAGGAUUAGAAAAGGCAAUGGAUCUAGCAACACAAGUGCACACAUCUGUUUUCGAUGUUGCAAAACACCACAGUCACGCUUCAGGUGGUGCUCCGAUAUAUUCGAGAGAUAUAUCUCGUUAUCUUCGUGAAAGAAACGAGAUUGAGCGACUGGAGAAACUCUAUCACAUCCACAUCAAUACCCCUUUUUCUGAGGGUAUAGUUAGUCCUUGGGAGCUAUAUGCAAGAGAAGGCAAGAACGCACUUAAGGCUCAAAAAGAAAUGAGUUCAAUUAUAAACAGCCAUCCCCCUUCUCGAUUGGCAACGAUUCCGGUUGACCCGUUCUUCCACUCUUAUCUCCGGAGCGACAUCACUCCCAAGGUUCAGAAUGAGUUCGGCGUCAACCUAGUCGUGCCGGAUGCAACUGAAGGCGACCUUCCAGUACUUCUAGUCUAUGAAGGGUCAACUACACCCAGAGAACAGUACCAAGUUCCCCAAAAGGCCCCCUCCCCCUCCGAACUCAAAGAAUUUCAGCAAAGGUUAUCGGAGGCUCGGAAACACAUCCUCGAACUUCUUGGCAAGCAGGAGCAAAUCAGCACAGCAACUCUCGAAGUCCCAAUCAAAUUUCAGGACAAGCUUCGUAGGUUUAUUAAGAAAGAGCAAGAUGCGACAACCCGUGCCGCUGGUGAUAUCCCUGUUAGAGUCAGUGUAAAGGGCACAACUGUUACUAUGCGAGGACCGUCUUCUAGUGUAGAGUCUCUUUCCAAGAAGGCGGCAGAUUUCGUUGAGCAGGAGAAGGAAGACGAGAAAGAACGUGGGUUUACGCUGAAAUUCGACUUCCCACAGAAAUUCGCGAAUCACCUCAUCGGCAAGGGCGGUAGUCAUAUCAACGAGCUACGGGAGAAAUUUGACGUGGAUAUACAGGUUCAGAAUGGAGAAGUCGAGCUAAAGGGUCCUAAAGCCAAGGCAGAGCGAGCCAAAUCUCAUAUCACGACUCUUGCUCGUCAAUGGGCGGAUGAAACGGUUCACACGUUGAAAAUUGAGCCCAAGUACCACCGGGAGUUGAUUGGUGCUCAGGGCAGUCAAAUUCAUCGUCUACAGAACCGGUACUCGGUUCAUAUCAACUUCCCCAAGACUGCAAAACCAGGCAAGGACGACGAAUCUGUUGCGGAUGUUGCAAGUGAAGCUGGAAAGACUCGGCGGCAACAAGGCCCUGACGAGGUUACAAUCAGGGGCCCAAGAAAAGGUGCAGAUGAGGCACGAGACGAAAUUUUCUCCCUGUAUCAAUACCUCAAAGAGAAUUCGUUCACUACUACCGUGACAGUCCAGCAAAAGCAGCUUCCGUCACUGAUUGGCUCUGGCGGCGCCGGUAUGGAUGAAUUGCGCCAAAUCACAGGCGCAAAGAUCGACAUCCCUAACGAACGUAACGAGGUUGAAGAUGCAAUUGUAGAGAUCCAAAUCAAGGGUACAAAGGCGCAAGUCGCAGCAGCCAAAAAGAUUAUCGAGGAAAAGAAAGUCGUGUUCGACGAGACGGUCACGAAGACAGUUGAAAUCGACAGAAAGUGGCACAAGAACUUGAUUGGUCCUGGCGGUUCUACUCUCCGUGACAUUGUAAUUAAAGCUGGUGGCCCCGAAGAUAGGCGACUUCAGGCCCGAACUAUCCAAUUUCCCAAGCAAGAUACGGAUGGGAAUGCCAUCAAGAUCGAAGGGCGACAAGAUGUUGUCGACAAGAUCAUUGCUAGCAUCCAGGCUCUGAUAUCGGAACGCGAGAGUCAGAUAACCGAGACGGUCGAAGUACCCGUUGAAAAACAUCGAUCAUUAAUUGGAAGAGGUGGUGAAACCAAACGCCAGCUCGAGUCACAAUUUAAUGUCUCUAUUGAUAUUCCUCGGCAAGGGAGCGGUCUGACUGGCGUGAAGCUGAUCGGCCAGCCUGCCAACGUCGAGAAAGCAAAGGAGCACAUAUCAUCGAUCAUCAAGGAGCAGCAAGGCGAGACGAUACAGAUCCCGCGGAAGUAUCAUCAUGCCAUUUCAGAAAAUGGACAAUUCUUCCGUAAGCUUAGAAAUGACCAUAAAGUUACAGUGGAUCACGCCGGUCACGCUGUACCAGCGAAGCCUAAGCCCUCAUCUACACGAGCAAAUGUUGGUUCUCUCCCCCUGAUCACAGACGAUAUAGAAUCAGCCGCGGAUGCACACCAUUGGACGGUUAUAGAUACUGCUUCCUCGGAAGAUGGCGAUAUUCCGUGGGUAUUAAGAGGCAGCCCGGAUAAUAUUGAAAAAGCGAAGAAAGUAAUCACGGCAGCACUUGAACAAGCCCAGAAGAAUAACACUAUCGGCUUCCUUGUUCUACCAGACCCGUCCACAUAUCGCCAUGUCAUUGGUCAGGGCGGUUCCAAGGUCAACUCAAUUCGCAAACAAAGUGGAUGUAAGAUCAAUGUUCCACGUGACCAAGCCAGGGAUGAGCCCAUUGAGAUCAUGGGUUCCAAAGAUGGUUGUGAGAAGGCCAAGGAACUUAUCCUCCAGGCUGUGCGUGAGGGGCAGGCUGGAAGGCGAGAUUAG